UAUUUAGCAAGAGACUAAAGAGAAAACUUCUGUUAUGAAAAAUGAGAGCCGUCAGUUUCGUGAAACGGUUGCAAUGGGAUUUGCCUGGGACUGUGUGCAGACAUGGAUUAACAAUAGGAGAUCUUGAUAACGAUGGCGACAAUGAAUUAGUCGUUGGCACUGCAGAGGGAGAGUUGUAUAUUUUUAAAGGAUCAGAGUUGUGGCAGAAAAUACCUGGUUUAGGCCUAAUCACUAGUGUAGCUAUAGGAGAUAUCUUUAAUUACGGUAGAAAUGCAUUGGUCGUGAUAUGUGGAGAUGGUUGGGCUCAUAUUUUUUACAGCCCAAGAUCCGUUAACCCCAGUUCCAUCAAUGCAACUUCUUCUCAGCAGUCUGCCAAAGAAACAUCGGAUCAGGACAACAGUAAAGAUCAAACGGAUGGGGGCAGCGAAACGAACGAGAUGACCGGCAAAAUGGAAUGCGUUCACGUACAAAGAAUUCCAACAAACACGAAGGUGGUGUUGAUAGCAGACGUCGAUAGAGAUGGUGCUAAUGAAAUGAUACUGGGCCUGACCGAUCGUGUAGUCAGAUCCUAUAGGUGGUCGAGCAAUCUAGAGUUGGGUAGAGGAAAAUUAGUCGGUUUGAAUAAAUGGGAGUGUGCCAAUCAAAUAGGGACAGUGACAUUACAGCACACGGCGGACGGGACGCCGACCUUAUUGGUUGCUCAGCCUGGUGGAACCUUUAUGCGAAUUAAGUGUAAUCCUAAGGAGUGUCACUUAGAAGACGACGCUCAUAAAACAGACGAUGAGUCAGCGGCGAGCUGCGUGGAUUACCAAACGUUGGGCAUAUCGCGAAUGCGUAAUCAAAAUAUUUCCACGGAAAUCAUAGGGGAUUUGGAAUCCACGACGGUGGAGAACAAACCACCAUCCAAAGAGACUACGUCUAAAGAGAACGCGUCGAGUGAAAAUCAACGUGGCGAGAAUUCAACGUGCCAGUCGACGUCGGAGGGUCAUGGAACGAACAAAGUCACCGAGAAAACUGACUCGACGAACGUAGAUCAAGUCGACGGCAACAUCUUAGGAGGAAAUGUGAUUCUCGGCGAUUACGAGGCGAAGCCGGAGAAAGAUACGUUACUGCCCACGUACAAAGACUUCUCUCGCCAAGACAACGGCAACAACAACAACAACAGCAACGACGCUGAAACUCUAAGGCGGAAGAAUGAAGCUAGAACUCAAGAGAACGUCGAGCCAAGUUCACCGCGAGGGAAGCCUUACGCUCUCGCUACUCUAGAUGGAACAAUAAUGCUGGUUAAAGACGAAGUUAUUUUAUGGUCCAUGCAAGUGGAUCAUCUGAUAUUUGCCCUAUGUCGUUUGGAUGUGACCGGAGACGGCUCGGACGAGAUAGUGGCCUGCGCUUGGGACGGCCAGACUUAUAUUCUGGAUCAGCAACGGAACAGCGUGCGCUUCCAAUUCGAGGAAUCGGUCAGAGCGUUCUGCACGGGGAACUACAACGUUUCGCCCGGCGUCUCGACACCCUGCCUCGUGUACAACACUUUCAACAAUAAGAUUUUCCUCUACUACGACGUAACGCUUCCAAGUAUGACGAUCAGACCUCUGAACCCGUUGGAUCUGCUCGAUCUCGAGGAGAAGAAGGCUUUCGACGAUCUCCUGGCGGGUUGCAGCGACGCGGAAAGACCGCAGAGGAUGCAACAGUUCACGGAAUGGCUGUUGUACGGGGCAUCUUGACGACGUGUACUCUGUAUAGGCUAGAUGUGUUAAGGGAAAUAUACAUGUAU